AUGGCAGAAACAAAGAUGAAUGAUUUUGAAGAUAUGUUACCUGUGAUGGCAAAAAAGCUCGGUGGCGAGGGCCUAAUAAGGGAAUUAUGCAAUGGUUUUAUUCUUUUGAUGGAUAGAGAAAAAGGGCUCAUCACAUUUGAUAGCCUGAAGAAGAAUUCAGCUUUUCUUGGAUUACAAGAUUUGAGAGAUGAUGAGUUGAAGAGUAUGGUUAAAGAAGGCGAUAUGAAUGGGGAUGGAGGGCUCGACCAGAUGGAAUUUUGCGUGCUGAUGUUUAGAUUGAGCCCCGAAUUGAUGCAGAAAUCCGAAGAUUGGCUCGAGUAUGCUAUGCAGCAGGAGUUGAAGACGGCUAGUUUUGACAGAAAAUGA